UAUAUCUGUGGUGUUUAUGUCAAUUGUUACGCUGCAAGUAGGAGUUUUAGCCACAUAUGUUACUAUUGUCGUCUAUGGGAUUUGAUUUGGUAGUACACACCCUGUAAAUGUUUUAUAGCUUUGUUGAUCAUGCAUUGGAUUUGGAGUCUGAUUAUGUUGACACGUUUGACAACAUGUAUAAAUCUUUUAUAGAUAGGACUGACUGCAAAUACUAUUACAGCAGAAACGAAUAAACAGCAGCUGUUUCAAGCAAAUUAAUCAACUGCUUUAGGUUCUUUGUUUGAUUGCAAUAAAAGAAUAUACAGCAGUCACUUUCAGUCGGCUUACUGUGGCUGGUAAAACAGUUAAAUAGCGAUGCAGAUAUAUUGUAAGCAUUUAUGCCGAGAGGAAGCAGGUGUAACUGAAGUAAAAAUAUCGAAUGUAGGGGAAUAUUUUGCACGAUUUUUCCAGGGAGAAGGUGCAACACUAGAAAAGUGCACGUACAGUAUUCCAGGGUAGUUAAUAAGCACUAUGUCACGGCUCUGUUUCUCGACCAUAUAUUAUAUUUCAUUUAUAAGCUAAAACAGACAUUUCCAUCAAAUUUGAAGUUUUGGAGAAGGUGAUGCGACCCUUCCUUAGAUCUGCACCUAAACGUGACACUUCGUCUAGUGCUCUGAUAUCCAGUUACUCUCACAGGAAUCGUGACUUUUUUCAGCUCAAGCUAGUAAUGCAGCUAGAAAAAUCUGCAUUGUGGUGUCUGGCGUGGUUGUUGUGUGCAAUGACCUCUGUCUCUACGUUCCCGGUCCAAGACGAUUACGAACGCCUCCUUUCGUCCAUUCUAUCAAACUAUUCCGUGAUUACCCCAGCCUUCACCUCUUCUUACGGCGACAACAAGAUCUUCAUCAAAUGUUUUCCCGUCGCCGUUCUGGGCAUCGACGACGUCAAACAGAUCCUGUCCGUCCAGCUGUUUUUCCAAGAAACUUGGAUCGACUCCCGCCUCUCAUGGGACCCCGACGAAUUUGGAGGAAUCGCCGACAUCCAGCUUCCGGUCGAUCGGGUAUGGCUACCGAAGAUUUUGAUCACGAACUCUGCUGGCGACACGACCAUGGACACGUCCAUUCCUGUUCACAUCUUGUCCUCGGGGUUCGUUUCGCGAGGUGUGUACGGCGUGUCCAGCACCACGUGCUCGCUGCAGAUGUCCAGAUACCCGUUCGACACCCAGAGGUGUAAGAUGUCCAUCUCGGGCACGCUCGGCUCCGACUACAAGUACCACAUGACCUCCACCGAGUUCACUCUGGGCAACUACUUCAAGAUCAGAAGCGAGUGGUCUCUGGAACAAGUGGAGCGUUACGUCACCAACGUUCCUCUUAACAACAACAACAAUAACAGUAACGACAGCAGCAGCACGUCCACAGGCUACUACCACAACGUGGCUGAGUACGUGUUCGUGUUGAGACGGAAGGGUUGCUUCUACAUUGUGACAACCAUCUUUCCCAUGUUCCUCCUGUCUUUGCUGACCCCGCUCGCGUUCAUCAUCCCCCAAAACUCGGACGCGAAGUUCGGCUACGUGAUCUGCAUCAUGGUGUCGUACGCGGUGUUUCUCGAGUUCAUCACCAAGUCGAUGCCGAGGACGUCGUCGUCCGUCUCCAACCUCGAGCUGUACCUCAGUCUGACGCUGUGCCACUGUGUCUUCGCCAUAGUGACGCUCGUGUUUCUGGUGAACCACCGCGUCACGCAUCACACGGAGAGGACUCUGACGAGCGUCCAUACCGUCACAAUGCGUAAGGAGGAAGACUCCUGCGACAAGUUCGCCUUCAGGACUCUUUCAGAAUUGUAUUUCAGACUGAAGAGAUCAGCGAGAUGUUGGAAUUAUGUCGCUCUUGUCGUUUUUAUCCUCUCUUCACUGUUGGCACCUUCUGUGUUUUUGAUAUAACACAAUAUACGGACCUUAAAUAAAUAGAUGUACUGUUACGAGCUAUGCAGUGCAAUAAAACGAUGUAUCUCUAGAA